AUGAAUAUCGUUUCUGCUGUGGCUGGUGGCUUUGACACUUUAACUUCUGCUGUGGGUGCUCUCCACACCUUGACCUCUGAUGCUGCCAGUAUUGGCAACAACAUCGCCUCACAUGCGGCCAGUGUUUUCACCAUUGUGACCUCUGAUGCCGCCGGAGUUCUCACUACUGUCACUUCUGAUGCAGCACACGUUGGAACUGACAUUGCAACCCAUGCUGCCAGUUACUUCACCAUCGUGACAUCAGACGCUGAUGGAGUGUUCACUACUAUUACUUCUGAUGCGGUUGGGGCUUUUUCCACGGCCACAUCUGGUGCAGAUGCUGCUUUAAAAUCUCUUACUUCUGCAGGUGCCAGCGAAUUGUCCUCGAUUAGAUCAAGGGCUUCAACCGAAGGUUCCUCGCUUGCGUCCGAUGCAUCGAGCAAGCUUAGUGCGAUCAGUAGCGACAUUCAGAGCUUGAAGAGCUCGGUCAGUUCUAGAGCUUCGGAGGCAUCGGUUUCUAUUGCUUCUGCUUCUGGUUCUGACGCAACAGUCACUCCUUCUACGUUAGUUUCUUCCACUACAAAGGCAAGCCUGUCGUCUACUUCUUCUUCAUCUUCUUCAUCUUCUGGUUCCUCAAGUGGUGCCUCUCAAUCUACAAGUUCUUGGAAGAAAUCUGCUGCCGUUGCUGCAUUGAUUGGUGUCACGUUCAUGGUCAACGUCAUAUAA